AUGAGAAGUUUUUAUCUCUUUCUUUUUUCGGCUUUAGCCCUGGCGAGUAACGCCAUUGUGAGAAUUCCGUUGAAGAAAUUCCGCUCAAUCAGGCGAGAGUUGACCGACUCAGGAAAAAGUGCAGCGGAGCUCGUGGCUGACAAACACACCCUCAAGUACAACGUCGGCUUUCCAUCGAGUAGUGGACCCACUCCUGAAACCCUAAAGAACUACCUUGAUGCCCAGUAUUAUGGCGAGAUUGGCCUGGGUACUCCCCCACAGCCCUUCACUGUGGUCUUUGACACUGGUUCCUCCAAUUUGUGGGUUCCAUCAAUCCACUGCUCCCUCCUCGACAUUGCUUGCUUGCUUCAUCACAAAUAUAACUCUGGUAAGUCCAGCACGUAUGUGAAGAAUGGCACUUCCUUUGCCAUCCAGUAUGGAAGCGGCAGUUUGUCGGGGUACCUCAGUCAGGACACGUGCACCAUUGGCGACAUAUCUGUGGAGAACCAGCUCUUUGGGGAAGCGAUAAAGCAACCCGGUGUGGCUUUUAUUGCCGCCAAGUUUGAUGGGAUACUUGGCAUGGCUUAUCCACGCAUCUCUGUGGAUGCCGUGGCACCUGUCUUUGACAACAUCAUGAGCCAGAAGAAAGUUGAGCAGAAUGUCUUCUCCUUCUACCUGAACAGGAACCCUGACACUGAACCAGGUGGUGAGCUGCUGCUCGGAGGAACGGAUCCUAAAUACUACAGCGGCGAAUUCAGCUACGUCAACAUCACCCGCCAAGCCUACUGGCAGAUCCGCAUGGACUCGUUACAAGUGGGCAGCCAGUUGAGCCUAUGCAAAGGCGGCUGUGAGGCCAUCGUGGACACCGGCACAUCUUUGAUCACCGGACCGGCUGCGGAGGUCCGUGCUCUGCAGAAAGCCAUCGGAGCCAUUCCCCUCAUCCAGGGAGAGUACAUGAUCAGCUGUGACAAGAUCCCAUCCCUGCCUGUCAUCACUUUUAAUGUUGGUGGCCAGUCCUACAAGCUGACUGGGGACCAGUAUGUCCUCAAGGAGAGCCAAGCUGGAAAGACAAUUUGUCUGAGUGGCUUCAUGGGGCUGGACAUCCCUCCACCAGCUGGUCCUUUGUGGAUUCUGGGAGACGUCUUCAUCGGCCAGUACUACACCGUGUUUGAUCGGGAGAAUAACAGGGUGGGCUUUGCAAAGUCCAAAUAA